CCCCUGCCUCCCCCUCACGGAACAAUCAUGGCGUCCGGAUUUGAAAGCGAGCGGGUCUUAGCGGCGCGUAAGGAAGACAGGCGUCGCCAGCGCGAGGCGCUGCUGCAGCAGGCAAAAGCUAAUUAUGAAAAAGAUGAAAGACGCAAGGAACUGAAGCGAUUGCGAGGGGAAGAUACUUGGAUGCUGAAUGAUGUGAACGAGCGUUUAGAAGAAAUGAAAAAGGAACAUGCUGUUACAAAGAAGCAUUCAAAAAAACAUAAAAGGAAAAAGAAGAAGAAAAAGAUAACAAGAGAAAAAACUGACGAUUCAUCUGAUUCUAGCUCUGGUUCUUCAGAAGAAUGGGUGGAAGCGUCUUCUAGCACUGAGCAGGCUUGGAAGGCAAAGAAAGAACAAUCAGAAGAAGAAACAGUGGAAAACCCUACACCAAUUCAGAGGGAUGAGUGGAUGACCUUAGAUUUUAUGACUGUGAAAACACUGUCUUCAGCAUCUCUGAAGGCUGAAAAGCAGAAAGAAAAAAUAUUGAAGCAACAGAAAGCCCAGGAAAAUGAACAGUUGCUGCUUUCAGAAAGAGAGCUGAAUCCAUAUUGGAAAGAUGGUGGUACAGGCUUACCAACAGAAGUAUCAUCAUCAGUAAAAGCAACAACAGUAGAGGAUGGUGGAUUAAGCUGGCUAAUGAAAUCCUACCAGAGAAUGCAGGAGCAGUCUGAGAGAGAAAAACGAGACUUGGAAGAAAUUGUAGCGGAAAGAUACGGGUCAGUGGAGCUAUUUCAGUCCAAAUUAAGAGAAGCUGAGACAGCUGCAGUCCAGAAAGAAAAUGAUAGAAGGGACUGGCAAAGAUACAAAUAUUCAGAAAGCAAACGUACUUCAAGGGAUUGCAAAGAGAAGCAGGAGGAGAACAACCUAGAAAAGUUUUCACAUAAAGAACAAUUCAAAGAGAAGUAUAAUAAAGUACGUUGUGAGGAACCGAAAAAUUACAGAGAAAGUGAAUGGACGGAAACCAAAAAAUCAAGGCCAAGUAAUAAAGAAUCUACAGCAGCAAACUGGACUUGUACAACCAGAAAAGAUCCCCAUCAAUUAAGUCAUUAUGAGAAACCUUUCUCAAGCUCUAUGAAAGCUGCAUUUCUGAAACCAAGCAGUGAUGCCGAUGAAGGAAGCAGACAGCAGAGAACUUCAUCCCAAUUAUUGACUCCUCGUUUUAUGAGCUCUGGUUUCCGGAAACCUGUUGAUGACGCUGGUGUGACCCCAAGAUGGCGCAAAGCGCAACCUAAGGAUGAAAUUGGAAAAGCAACUCCAAAUGAAAAAUCUUCCGAAACGAGUAAGGCUGUUACCAGCAAGGAGGAGGAAGAGCCGAAAGAGAAGGAAGAACAGAUCUCAGAACCUGCAGUGGAAGAAAAACAGCUAGUGGACAGUAAACCAUCAUGUUCCAGAUCUGUUUCAGAGGAUGAGAUGCCUCUCAUUCUCAGUGACGAAGAAAUGAAUAAACUGGGAGCCAGGAUUGUAAAAGCAGAAUUGAUGGGAAAUAAGGAUUUAGCUGCCAAACUUCAGUCUCAGCUUGAUAAGGCACGCAUGCUAAAGGAGAGUGGAGCACACGCUAAAGCUAGAAAAACUGAUGAGAAAACUGGUUUUCAAGAAGACCAUGAAGCGAUCUUGGUCAGAAUGGAUAAAUCUGGCAGGGCAUGGCCUGUUAAUAUUCCGGAAGAAACAUUGGAUCAUGUAGGCAGAAGGAGGAAGAAUCAAAUGAUACCUACUCAUGUGGAUAAGGAAAGAAUCCGAUAUUUUCAAGAUGAUGAUAAUUUGGACCUGAAGGAUUUGAUCAGGAAUGAAAAGAUGAGUACAUCAGAGGAUCAAAAUAAGCUUUUCAUGAGAAUGGCAUCAAAGUUUUCAGGCAAAACCGAUAGAGAUUAUUACACUCUGGAUGACAUGUUCGUUUCCAACGCAGCAAAGAGGGAGGAAAGUGGAAAAGCGGAGGAAAGGGAGAGGCACCAAGCGAUCCGUGAGCAUCAACGGCUUGCUGCAUGCAUGGAAAAAUGCCCCCAUUGCUUUGGUAGCUCUGAACUUCCUAAACACCUAAUCAUUGCAAUUGGCAACAAGGUGUACUUAUCCUUGCCAAAGUACCAGUCUCUUACUGAAGGUCAUUGCCUGAUCGCUCCUAUGCAGCAUUACACUGCUGCCACAGUUCUAGAUGAAGACAUUUGGGAAGAAAUUCAGGUAUUCAGAAAAACCUUGGUAAAGAUGUUUGAAGCUGAAGAAUUGGAUUGUGUCUUUCUGGAGACAAAUUUAAGUAUAAGCAAACAAUAUCACAUGAUAUAUGAAUGUAUUCCUCUCCCAAAGGAAGUGGGGGAUAUGGCUCCCAUUUAUUUCAAGAAAGCUAUAAUGGAAUCAGACGAAGAGUGGGCCAUGAAUAAAAAACUAAUUAAUCUAGGCUCAAAAGAUGUUCGCAAAUCGGUGCCAAAAGGUUUGCCUUACUUCUCUGUAGAUUUUGGCCUCCAAGGUGGUUUCGCUCACGUCAUUGAAAAUCAGUACAUGUUCCCUCGUUACUUUGGAAAGGAAAUAAUUGGUGGCAUGCUAGAUUUGGAACCACGGCUUUGGAGGAAAGGACUACGAGAAAAUUUUGAAGACCAGAGGAAGAAAGUGUUGCAUUUUGCUCAGAAGUGGAAAUUGUACGACUUCACUAAAAGUAAAGAAUGAAAAUAAUACUGCAGAUGCAAAUAUAUUGGAUCCUGAAAAGUUAAUGAAGCAUCACAAUCUACAGAAUUAUUUUUGUGGAAGAACUCCUGCUGAAAAUAAUAAACAUAUUUUGUUUAUUGAACACUGGAAGGGAUAAUAAUACUUUAAAGGAAGACAAAAACUGGAUUGGAGCUGAUAUUUGAGUCAUAUAUAAAUCAUGUCCAAUAUACAAUAUGUAGACAUAUGUUUGAAGAAAAUAGGAAGUCCUUAUUUUAAUAGGUAAUGAGUGUGUCUUGUUAUCAAUAUUCCUGCUGUGUAUUGUGAUGACCCGGGACAAGGAACGAAGGUCACAUAGCCAGCUGAGAGUUCAAACUCCCCAUUAAUGGUCCACAUGUCCCCCCAAAUGCUUGACAAGUCCCAGAGCAAAGUGCACGCACACACAUGGCAGCUUCUGGCUGCGCCCAAUCCUGCAAAGCAAAGGAACAGGGAAAUGAGUCCACGAAAUAAGGAACAAUUGAGUCCACAAAGUAAGGAACAAGGCACUGAGUCCAUGAAGUGAGGAAGAAGACCUGCAAACUCCAAAUUUCUCUACUGGCACAUGGAACUCUUACCAGCAUUUGUUCCCGACAAAUGCCCUUCCCUACUGUGUCCUUAAAUCUCAGUCCCUAGGUGUCCCUUGUGAAGAGGGCGGGGUGCUCUCCUCCCGAGUUGUUGGGUUGGCAUGUGCUGUUCCCGCCUUCUCUCCACUCUCUGUGCUCGGGGAUCAGGAGGGGGCAGUCCUUGCUCAUCGCCUGAGCUUCGUUGCUCCUCAUGUUCAGUGCUUGCCCACCUUCCUGCCCCCGUUCCUCCCUGCUAACAAGUCAUCCCAAUCCUGAGGUGAGAGCCUGCUCCUCCCCACAUUUCUCUGACGACAAUAAAGCUGCCCCCUCAAUGUCUGCUCCUCAGAUUCAGGCUGUGACGGGGGCAUGACAUGUAUUCUUUAAUGUUUCCCUGUUUUACAUUGUAUAUAAGCCUAACUUGUCUUGAUAAAGGAUAAUGUAAUGAAGAGAUUUUUAAAUAUUGAAAAUGCCGACACAUUAAAAGUUUUUGAAAUA